AGUGCUGCCACUAGGCGGGGGUUUCAGCUGUAACACCGAACGACCGAACACGCACGAAACAUCACCGAAUGUCUUGUGAUCUUGAGCCGGAGUAUUGAAAAACUACUUUGAAAGAAUCGUAUAGUGCUUUGCGAGGAGCAAGAAAUUAUCAAAAAUGCAACCUCAAAUAAUUCUUCUGAAAGAAGGAACUGACGCGACUCAAGGAAAGCCGCAACUCAUUUCCAACAUCAAUGCCUGCCAAAUGGUCGUUGAUGCUGUCAGGACGACCCUUGGUCCUCGUGGCAUGGACAAACUCAUUGUAGAUCAAAACAACAAAGCUACAAUCUCCAAUGAUGGUGCAACUAUUCUCAAACUUCUAGACAUCGUUCAUCCAGCUGCAAAGACUCUUGUAGACAUUGCCAAGUCUCAAGAUGCUGAGGUUGGAGACGGUACGACGAGUGUUGUUUUGCUCGCUGGUGAAUUCCUAAAACAGAUGAAGCCUUUUAUUGAGGAAGGUGUACAUCCAAGAAUAAUCAUCAAGUCUUUCCGCCGAGCGAUUUCUUUAGCGAUUGAGACCAUAAACACUUGUAGCGUUAAAAUUGAAAAAUCGACUGAGGAGAAACGCCUUCUCCUGGAAAAAUGUGCUGCAACUGCUUUGAGCUCGAAAUUGAUUCACCAACAAAAAGAUUUCUUCAGUAAAAUGGUGGUCGAUGCAGUCUUACAGCUCGACGAACUUUUGCCCCUCAACAUGAUCGGUAUUAAGAAGGUAUCCGGUGGUUCUCUCGAAGAAUCUCUCCUCAUUGCCGGUGUGGCGUUCAAGAAAACAUUCUCUUAUGCCGGCUUCGAGAUGCAACCGAAAAAAUAUACUCCAUGUAAAAUUGCUCUGUUAAAUAUUGAGCUAGAGCUCAAAGCAGAACGUGACAAUGCGGAAGUUCGAGUGGACAACGUCGCUGAGUAUCAAAAAAUUGUUGAUGCGGAGUGGCAAAUUCUCUAUCAGAAACUAGCGUUGAUUCACAAGAGUGGAGCCAAUGUCGUUCUUUCAAAAUUACCGAUUGGUGAUGUUGCCACCCAGUAUUUCGCUGACAGAGACAUGUUCUGCGCUGGUCGAGUUCCUGAAGAAGAUCUCAAAAGAACAAUGAAAGCUUGCGGCGGUGCUGUUAUCACAACCACCCACGAUAUUAGUGACAAAGUACUGGGACAUUGCGAAUCUUUUGAAGAGAAACAAAUCGGUGGUGAAAGAUUCAACUUCUUCGCUGGUUGCCCGAACGCCAGAACGUGUACUUUCGUACUACGAGGGGGUGCCGAACAAUUUCUCGAGGAAACCGAAAGAUCUCUUCAUGACGCUAUUAUGAUUGUGAGACGUAUGAUCAAAAACGAUGCUGUGGUUGGUGGAGGUGGUGCGAUCGAGAUGGAGUUAUCGAGAACUCUUCGUGACUAUUCGCGAACGAUCGCUGGAAAAGAGCAACUUCUAAUCAGUGCUAUUGCACGUGCUCUCGAGGUCAUCCCAAGGCAACUUUGCGACAACGCGGGCUUCGAUGCAACAAAUAUUCUGAACAAAUUGCGACAGAAGCAUCAUCAAGGUAAAUGCUGGUACGGCGUAGACAUAAUGAGCGAAGAUAUUGCAGACAAUAUGCAAGCGUGUGUUUGGGAGCCAGCAAUCGUAAAGAUUAAUGCACUGACCGCAGCUUCUGAAGCGGCUUGUUUAAUUUUGUCGGUUGAUGAAACCAUUAAGAAUCCAAAAAGCGGGGGUGGCGGUGAUGCACCGCAGAUGCCAAUGGGCCGAGGAAUCGGCAGACCUAUGUAAUCUCCAAUAUCGAAAUCAUACGUAAAUAAAUUGCGAAUGAUUGGGUGCGAGGGGUAUUGAGGUUUCGUGUGAAAAAUCCAAGACAAAAGUAUGAACGCAAUUGGAGCGUGAUUUCCGAGAAACCAGAAGCGUUUUAAUAAAAACAUUGUUUUAAUUUUCGUACAGCAAACCUUCGACUGUCACACCGCUCUAAAUGCUUUUUUUUUAUAUCGUGCAACACUUUUCUCUUUGGUCAACAUCAAGGUCAACUUUUUUCAAUCCACAUCAACACGCCAUCCCUACGAAUGCGUGUGCUUUGUGCAUUUAGUAUUGAUUCGAUAAUUACAUCGUACAAAUUUUAUUACACGAUAGUUUCUGUAUGAUUUGCCACUUCGAACGCGAUCAUGAAUUUCGCAAGAUCAACAAAAUAUUGUAUUUCUUCAUUCUUUGUAUCAUUAAAUUAAUAAACCAUUUCAAUAAAAAAAUCAA